AAACACUUCCGCUUCUUUCUCAGUUGCUGUUUCAUUCAUGAACCAUCAGCUGCUGCCACCUUUUUUCACAGGAGUUCACCGUCUACUGAGCUUUGACCACGGUGUUUUUCAACAAUGGGAAAUCUUCAGAGGAUGAAGAGAGUUUUGAAAUGUUUGUUCUUUGUUCCAAUCACACUCUGUGUAAUCUACUUAAUAUCUCCAUUUGUAAAACUUGUAAUGGACUUCAUACCAAUGGAGAAAUGCAUUUUGGAAAGUGCAAAGAUGCUGAAUCUGGACAGCAGUGUGGACGCCAGCCUCAAUUUACAGUCCAGACCUGACGUGCAAACGUGUACAUAUUGGAAAGCUGCCAUCAUCUGGGAAGGGAUGUUUGACCCCCGCCUUUACGACGAUAUGCACAAGUCAAAAGGUUCAUCUGUGGCUCUAACUGUCUUUGCUGUGGGCAGAUACCUGGAUGCUUACCUUCACAAAUUCCUGAACUCAUCAGAGCAACACUUUAUGGUGGGUUUACCCGUGACCUACUACGUGUUUACGGACAUGCCGGAGAUGUUGCCUGACAUCAAGUUGUCUCCUCUGAGAAGCUUGAAGGUUAUCAAAGUGAAGAAGAACUCCAGGUGGCAGGACGUCUCUAUGACGCGAAUGAAAAGCAUAUCAGAUGUGAUAGAGAGCGAUAUUCGCCACCACUGCACGUACGUCUUCUGCUUUGAUGUGGAUCAGGUGUUUACCGGGAGAUUUGGAUCAGAGGCUCUUGGAGAUUCAGUGGCUCUGCUCCACGCCCACUACUACCACCUUCCAAAGCAUUUGUACACUUACGACCGCAACCCAAACUCCAAGGCGUACAUGGAAACUGGGGAUUUCUACUACCACGCUGCCGUCUUCGGAGGCUCGUGGAAGAGUGUGAAAGCGUUGACAGAGGCCUGCUAUCAGGGCAUCAUGGAGGACAAACAGAACAAUGUGGAGGCUCUGUGGCACGAUGAGAGCCAUCUGAACAAGUACAUGUUGCUCCACAAACCCAGCAGGGUGCUCUCUCCGGAGUACUGCUGGGAUACCAACAUCGGUUACAGGAGCGACAUACAAGUCACCCGUUUACUUUGGGCACCAAAACAUUAUGAGACACUUCGCACACCAUAAAAACUUGACAAAUCAUAACCAAUGUAAUCUCUAAAGUUAUUGUGCUUCCUGGCUCAUUUUGUUCUCUCAGGGGAUUUAUUUGCAUAUUUAUUUGAGUGACAAGUUCUUAUAUAUACACACACUUGUCUUUAAUCAGGAUAUUACCUUGAAUUUCUCUCGGGAUCAAUAAAGUAUCUACCUACCUAUCAAAUGUUGUUGCAUUUCUUUGUAUAUACAUGUAUAUAAGUACACUUUUUACAUGUUUGCUCAAGCUUGUUGAUCUAGCUUACAUUUAUGUGUAUGUCAGUUUGCCAAAUACCACUGUAUCCCAAAUCCCCCUAAUUUUAUCUGACACUCAUUGAGCCUUACAUUUUGUCACAUUUUUAAUAAUUCUCAAUGGCUUUUUUACCCUGUAAAUUUGUGAUUUGUGUGUCAGUCUUUCCUUUUCAUUAAAGCACUGGGCUGCUCUUUGUCA